AUGUGGAAGGGUAAUCACAAAUGGCACGUAGUGAUGUUGGUGCAACUGCUGUUGUUUCUCCACGGAGUCGAGAUGCAACAGCAACAGCCACAGCAACAGCAACCCAAACCGAAAUUCCAGCAGCAACAGCAACGACAGAGCGAACCCGAACGGAAACCGCAGGUCUAUUGGGCCACGAGUAUGGACAACAAUAGACGAUUCCAGCAGGCAAAUGAAUGGGAUGUAGUUGCUCAACACAAUAACGUUGAUCGGCAAUGGCCGGCUCCAGCGCAAGCUCCUAAUCCCCUUCCAGCUCCUACUUCAGUUGCACCUACAACAAUUACGCCACCACCUGCGCCAGUAUAUGUUCCUCCGCCAGCGCCGGUGUAUGCUCCUCCGCCAGCGCCGGUAUACGCUCCUCCGCCAGCGCCGGUAUACGCUCCUCCGCCAGCGCCAGUUUACGUUCCUCCACCUACGCCAUCACCUUAUCAGCCUUACAUGCCCCCCGCCCCUCCAGCCUAUCCUGAACCUGCUCCUCCAGCUUACCCCGAACCAGCUCCUCCGGCAUAUCCUGAACCAGCUCCUCCAGCCUACAACUUUGCCCCAGCGCCGGCCUACGAUCCACCGGCGCCUUCUUAUGGUCCUGCUCCAAGUCCACCAGGGCCGUAUUACUACUAUGUCCCAGUUAAAGAGAGCAAAGAAAAAGGACCGUCUAUCAAAGAUAUGCUUGAAAAGGAUAAAGAAGCACUGUUUGCUUUGUUGCCUGAUAAUAACAAGCAUCUAACCAAUGAACAAAAAAUUUGGCUGUCGAUACUUACGCCACUGAUUGUAGUUGCUCUGGUCAUCCCGUUGGCAGCUAUUCUCUUCUCGGGAUUCACCAUCACAACUAACGGACGCAAGUUUGGUGAAUUGAAUAUAACCGAUAUGAAGAAGAAUAUCUUAGAUAUUGCGGAAGGCUAUGGUUCCGUCCUGGAAACAGAAGAAUGCAUGCAGCGCAUCAUUUGCGAUCUUGGAUCCUACGCAAAAUCAAUUCCAGGAAAAUCUUAUGUUCUUACGUUCUUGUCGGCGCUUGUGCCAGAUACGAUGCAGAACAAUAUGGCCAUUUUCCAAAAAGCAGCAACUUACGGCGCUGACAAAGCGCAAUGUACCAGUUUCAAAUGUUCGGCGUGGAAGUACUAACAUGUUUUUAGAAGAACAAGCAACUCCAAGUGAUCGGAUGUUUCUUUCGCCAAAUUGCCGUGACUUCUUUCUUUGCCCAGCUUUCGAAAAGCCGGUCAAUUAUUUAUUCAAAUCUUUACCUUAAAAACUGAAUUGUUAUUAAUAAAAAUGUGGAAAAGGAAAACGUACCCGACCACCAAUACGUUUGAAAUUUCUAUUUUCUUAAGA